AUCUACUGCCUGGCUAAGUAGAUUCCCGAGGGGACAUACGGGACUGGGGGACACGAGGAAGAGCUCUGGUCCAGGAGCCAGACGCUAGAACCAGACUCCAGACCGCGCUGCCCAGCGGCAAUGCAGUGUGAGCCACAGGCGUGAUCUUGAACUGCCUAGUGGUCUCAUUCUCAAGAGUCAAAAGCAACAGCUCAGGAAGCUCCGAAUCUCAUCUGCGUCUCACGGGCUGGCGGUGCCCAAGGAAUAGCCCCCAAGAGCAUGCGUGGCCUCUAGACACAUCCACCAGAUCCUCCCCCUCACAGUCCGCCUGACCUGUUGCUUAGGGACACGUCCCACCGCUUCUCCUGACGUCUGCCCGAUCAGCCAUCACUUCCUCAGAGAACGAGGAGGGAGGCAGGCGCACGAAAUCAUGCCACCGACCGCCGAACAGCAAUGAGUGGGUGAUACCGAGUUGACGUCAAAGUCAGACAAGCCCAAGAGACUCGCCGCAGCCCCGGCUGCUUCCUCCUCCGCACAGCCUGAGCGGGGCUCCUCCUGGCGAAGCCACCUCGGCCCGACCCAGUCUGAGGUCUGCGGACCCUCGGACCCUGGACACCAUGGAGAAUCACAUGUUCAGUGUCCAGCAAAUCCAACCCAACGUGAUUUCUGUCCGCCUCUUCAAGCGCAGAGUGGGGGGCUUGGGGUUCCUGGUGAAGGAGCGGGUGAGCAAGCCCCCCGUGAUCGUCUCCGACCUGAUUCGAGGGGGUGCCGCCGAGCAGAGCGGCCUCAUCCAGGCCGGAGACAUCAUCCUCGCGGUCAACGGCCAGCCGUUGGUGGACAUGAGCUACGCCAGCGCCCUGGAGGUGCUCAGGGGCAUCGCCUCCGAGACCCACGUGGUCCUCAUUCUGAGGGGCCCGGAGGGCUUCACCACGCACCUGGAGACCACCUUUACUGGGGACGGGACCCCUAAGACCAUCCGGGUGACACGGCCCCUGGGCCCCCCCACCACGGCUGUCGAUCUGUCACACCAGUCGUCAACCUGCAAAGAGCAGCCGCUGGCGGUGGACGGGGCCACAGGCCCCAGCAACGGGCCCCAGCACGCCCAGGACAACGGGCCAGAAGCCGGCUCGCUGUCCCACACCAACGGCCUGGACCCUGCCAAGAAAAAUGCCGGGGCCGCCCGUCAGUGCAGUGAGGAGCACAAUGAGUUGCUCAAGGAGAUCAAGCCUGUGCUGAACCUUCUCACCUCGGCCGACAGAGGGAUCAACGGAGGGGGACCUGCCAAGGCGGAGACAAAAGAUGCAGAAGUUCAGGUGGACAGAGACCUGGAUGCCAAGUCACACAAACCUCUGCCCCUCGGCGUGGAGAAUGACCGUGUCUUCAAUGACCUGUGGGGGAAGGGCAACGUGCCUGUGGUCCUCAACAACCCGUAUUCAGAGAAGGAGCAGGCCCCUGCCUCGGGAAGACAGUCCCCCCCAAAGAACGGCAGCCCCUCCAAGUGCCCCCGCUUCCUCAAGGUCAAGAACUGGGAGACUGACGUGGUUCUCACGGACACCCUCCACCUUAAGAGCACGUUGGAAACGGGAUGCAGCGAGCGCAUCUGUAUGGGCUCCGUCAUGCAGCCUUCUCAGCAGAUACGGAGGCCUGAAGACGUCCGCACUAAAGAGCAGCUCUUCCCUCUCGCCAAAGAGUUCAUUGAUCAGUACUACUCGUCCAUUAAAAGAUUUGGCUCCAAAGCCCACAUGGAGAGGCUGGAAGAGGUGAACAAGGAGAUUGAAACCACCAGCACCUACCAGCUCAAAGACACAGAGCUCAUCUAUGGGGCCAAGCACGCCUGGAGGAAUGCCUCCCGCUGUGUCGGCCGGAUCCAGUGGUCCAAGCUGCAGGUGUUUGAUGCCCGCGACUGCACCACCGCUCAUGGGAUGUUCAACUACAUUUGCAACCACAUCAAGUAUGCCACCAACAAAGGGAACCUCAGGUCUGCCAUCACCAUAUUUCCCCAGAGGAUUGACAGCAAGCACGAUUUCCGAGUCUGGAACUCCCAGCUUAUCCGCUAUGCUGGCUACAAGCAGCCUGAUGGCUCCAUCCUGGGGGACCCAGCCAAUGUGGAGUUCACAGAGAUCUGCAUCCUGCAGGGCUGGAAGCCCCCGAGAGGCCGCUUCGACGUCCUGCCACUCCUGCUCCAGGCCAACGGCAAUGACCCCGAGCUCUUCCAGAUCCCCCCAGAGCUGGUGCUGGAAGUGCCCAUCAGGCACCCCAAGUUUGAGUGGUUCAAGGACCUGGGGCUGAAGUGGUAUGGCCUCCCCGCUGUGUCCAACAUGCUGCUGGAGAUUGGCGGCCUGGAGUUCAGCGCCUGUCCCUUCAGCGGCUGGUACAUGGGCACGGAGAUUGGCGUCCGCGACUACUGUGACAACUCUCGGUACAACAUCCUGGAGGAAGUGGCCAAGAAGAUGAACUUGGACACGAGGAAGACGUCCUCCCUGUGGAAGGACCAGGCGCUGGUGGAGAUCAACAUUGCAGUUCUCUACAGCUUCCAGAGUGACAAAGUGACCAUCGUCGACCACCACUCGGCCACCGAGUCCUUCAUUAAACACAUGGAGAACGAAUACCGCUGCCGGGGGGGCUGUCCGGCAGACUGGGUGUGGAUCGUACCCCCCAUGUCUGGCAGCAUCACCCCUGUCUUCCACCAGGAGAUGCUCAACUACCGGCUCACCCCCUCCUUCGAAUACCAGCCGGACCCUUGGAACACCCACCUCUGGAAAGGCACCAACGGGACCCCCACCAAGCGGCGAGCCAUCGGCUUCAAGAAGCUGGCAGAAGCCGUCAAGUUCUCGGCCAAGCUGAUGGGGCAGGCAAUGGCCAAGAGGGUCAAGGCGACCAUCCUGUAUGGCACAGAGACGGGUAAAUCGCAGGCCUAUGCCAAAACCCUGUGUGAGAUCUUCAAGCACGCCUUCGAUGCCAAGGUGAUAUCCAUGGAAGACUAUGACAUUGUGCACCUGGAACAUGAAACGCUGGUCCUGGUGGUCACCAGCACCUUUGGCAAUGGAGACCCCCCUGAAAAUGGGGAGAAAUUCGGCUGUGCUUUGAUGGAAAUGAGGCACCCCAACUCUGUGCAGGAGGAAAGGAAGUACCCGGAACCCUUGCGUUUCUUUUCCCGUAAAGGGCCUCCCCUCCCCCGAGGUGACACAGAAGUCCGUGGUCUGGCUGCAGCCCGUGACAGCCAGCACAGGAGCUACAAGGUCAGGUUCAAUAGUGUUUCCUCCUAUUCCGAUUUCCACAAAUCAUCAGGCAAUGGGCCGAACCACAGAGACAACUUUGAGAGCACCGGCCCCCUGGCAAAUGUGAGGUUCUCAGUGUUUGGCCUUGGCUCGAGGGCAUACCCGCACUUCUGCGCCUUUGGCCACGCUGUGGACACCCUCCUGGAAGAGCUGGGAGGGGAGAGGAUCCUGAAGAUGAAGGAAGGGGAUGAGCUCUGUGGUCAGGAGGAGGCGUUCAGGACCUGGGCCAAGAAGGUCUUCAAGACAGCCUGUGACGUGUUCUGCGUGGGAGAUGAUGUCAACAUUGAGAAGGCGAACAACUCCCUCAUCAGCAAUGACCGCAGCUGGAAGAGGAACAAGUUCCGCCUCACCUAUGUGGCUGAAGCUCCAGAGCUUACACAAGGUCUAUCCAACGUGCACAAGAAGCGGGUCUCAGCCGCUCGUCUUCUCAGCCGUCAAAACCUUCAGAGCCCUAAAUCCAGCCGGUCAACCAUCUUCGUGCGUCUCCACACCAAUGGGCAUCAGGAGCUGCAGUACCAGCCUGGGGACCACCUGGGCGUCUUCCCUGGCAACCAGGAGGACCUGGUGAAUGCCCUGAUCGAGCGGCUGGAGGACGCGCCCCCUAUCAACCAGCUGGUGAAAGUGGAGCUGCUGGAAGAGCGGAGCACGGCUCUGGGAGUCAUCCGCAACUGGACGGAUGAGCGCCGCCUCCCGCCCUGCACCAUCUUCCAGGCCUUCAAGUACUACCUGGACAUCACCACGCCGCCCACGCCCCUGCAGCUGCAGCAGUUCGCCUCCCUGGCCACCAGCGAGAAAGAGAAGCAGCAGCUGCUGGUCCUCAGCAAGGGCUUGCAGGAGUAUGAGGAAUGGAAAUGGAGCAAGAACCCCACCAUCGUGGAGGUGCUGGAGGAGUUCCAGUCCGUCCAGAUGCCCACCACCCUGCUCCUGACCCAGCUGUCCCUUCUGCAGCCUCGUUACUACUCCAUCAGCUCCUCCCCGGACAUGUACCCCGAGGAGGUGCACCUCACCGUGGCCAUCGUCUCUUACCGCACUGGAGAUGGAGAAGGCCCAGUUCACCACGGCGUGUGCUCCUCCUGGCUCAACCAGAUACAGUCCGACGAAGUGGUCCCCUGUUUCGUGAGAGGAGCGCCCGGCUUCCACCUGCCCCGAAACCCCCAAGUGCCCUGCAUCCUGAUCGGCCCGGGCACCGGCAUCGCCCCAUUCCGAAGCUUCUGGCAGCAGCGGCAGUUUGAUAUCCAGCACAAAGGAAUGAGUCCCUGCCCCAUGAUCCUGGUCUUCGGGUGCCGGCAGUCCAAGGUGGACCACAUCUACAGGGAGGAGACCCUGCAGGCCCGGAGCGCGGGGGUCUUCAGAGAACUGUACACGGCCUACUCCCGGGAGCCCGACAGACCAAAGAAGUACGUGCAGGACAUCCUGCAGGAGAAGCUGGCGGAACCGCUGUACCAGGCCCUGAAGGAGCAGGGGGGCCACAUCUAUGUGUGCGGGGACGUCACCAUGGCCGCCGACGUCCUCAAGGCCAUCCAGCGCAUCAUGGCGCAGCAGGGGCAGCUCUCGGUGGAGGACGCGGGCGUGUUCAUCAGCCGGCUGAGGGAUGACAACCGCUACCAUGAGGAUAUCUUCGGGGUCACCCUGCGAACGUAUGAAGUGACCAACCGCCUUAGGUCUGAAUCCUCAAUCGCCUUCAUUGAGGAGAGCAAAAAGGACACGGAUGAGGUCUUUAGCUCCUAACCGGAUGCUCUUGCCCCGACGGACGGACGGCAGGGGUCCGCCCCACGCGCUCCGGCAGGGGUGGCGGCAGGUUCCCUAAGCGUGGACACCAAUGAACCUUUCCCACGGGACCCGCGCGGCCCGCUCUGCCUCGUCCUGUCGCCGCCUGUCCUGGCUUUCCUCCCCGGGUCCUCGCCUCUCCGUGCGUCCUUGGCCUCCUAGGGUUUCCUCCUGAGUCUUCCUGCUGCGAUGCGAUGCCUUUAUGCUCCUCAGCGGCUCUGACAGCACUGCCCCCCUCUCCUGACAAGGACAAGUCCACGCUCGUGGAGGCCCUGGGACGUGGGGCGCUCCCGGCGGGCUUGUUUUCGGGGGUUCCCCUGGGAGAGGCGCAGGGAUCACACGGAAGAGUCUUCUGAGCCCGUCUCCCAGCGCUGAAGCCCCACCUUAUUACCUUGUACGGGAUGACGUCUGGUCGUGCGUGUGAUGGGCCUGGGUCUCCGUCAGGCCUCUUGCCCACGUGAGCGUGUUGCCUGCAGAGCCCGGGGCCCAAGAACCACGGCCCAGCCUGCGUUGGCUGCUCACGCGUCCUGCACUGAGGGACUGCGCCUGGGUCCCUGUAACCCUUGGCAGCACCCUAAUGGUCCCGGAAAUAAAGGGUCCGGGCACGGAGAGGGCAUGUGAGGAUUUAGGGGGAAAUCUCCAAGGAAAGGGGAGUCGGAGGACGAGAUGCAUUUAGGUUCUUGCACCAGGAGGGCGCCCUGGCUGGGAAACUCACCCAUCUAUUGGAUUGAGCAACCGUGCCCCCAGCCCGCCCACCCCAGGCCCUCCCAGAGCAACCCCACCCAUGAGGCCAGAAGUGAUGCUGUCCAAGGGAACGGGCUGCAAAUAGGAAUCUUCUCAUCUCGGCCACCCCCUGACUUUGGACAAGUCUCUGGUCCUCGGAUUCCCCUCGCUGUAAUGUUAUAAAGCUAAGAAGUAUGAAUGGAUGCAACUUUAAAGUUGUGAAGACUGGAAACAAUAUUAAGGAACAGUGUCAUCGUUCUGCGUUUAUUCCCCCAAAGAGGGCUGCUGCUGCACCCUCGGCGGGAAAAUCCCGGAAGCCAGUCGGGGUGGAUCAGGUUGGGCAGGAGCACCGCGUGGCUUCCUCUGCAGGCCCACAGCCCAGGGUGGAAAGGGCCUGGCCUCCAUGCUGUAGGCCUCCUACAAGGCAUCCCCCACACGUUUAACCUGCUAAAAUAACGGCGACAAAUAAAUUGUCCUCGACAGAUUUCUCUUUAAAUGGGCAGCAGAGUCGUUAGCAGAAAUCAGAGUUGGAACAAGUUCUCCCUGGCAGGCAAGCCGCGGCGUUGACCCUCUCAGAGUCAAGGGCAUGGGAGGCAGGGAAGUGCUACAGAUCAAUGCAGGCAGCAUCCACCAGAGAGCCGAAAAGUCCCAGUGCCCACCCCCCAGGGCCUGGCUCCGGGUCUGCUCUGGGCUGGGCCCCCAGGGUUGGGAGGGAAGCAUUGGGCCAGGCCCAUCCUUCUGUUGGGUUUGGUCACAGAAAGACAGCCCAAUGGGCAUUUCUUUCUCGAUGCUCCGUGUGUGUUUGGGGGUGGCGGGGGUACCAAAGAGAAAGUGCCCUGGCCUCUUUGGAAAGGCCUUAGAAUGGGGGUGCCAAAGAGGUGUUGGGGAGGACACCCUCCAAGACUCUAUAAGUCAAAGGGCAAAUUAUAUCUCAUCUUUGUCCACCCUCCCUGGGAGCUCCCACGGGUGCCCCGUCCCCUGGGACAGAGCUGUGACCUCCCCGCCUUCCUUGAGUCCUGUUUGCUCCUGCUCAGACUUCCAAGGGCAUAGAGACCAAACGCUCAGCAUGCUCCCCGACCCUUUCGAACCUGGAGGGAAGCCCCUCGUAAAGCCCGGCUCUCCUGCAAACACGAUUCUGUCUCCUAGCAGCUUUCUUUCCAACCCCUUGAGCUUUUUGGAGGUACCGCCUGCGAUGUCACUAGCUCCCCGGGGAAUGUGUCCAACCUCCGUCAAAUCAAGCUUUAUGCACGAAUGCUUUUCCGUCGCCGAAUAAAGACUUGUGAGCACUCGGUGCCAGGCGCCUUCCUCCUCUCUAUCCGCGUCACGUCCGUGGAGAAGCAGGCAGGCAGAGGGAAACGUCCUCUAGUUUUAUCAGGGAGGCCAAAGAAAUGAUUACAUAGCCAGGAUUCAUCUUUCUUCCCGGAAGGAUCUUUUCCUUUUUAAGUAAACGCCUUUCCGCCACAACACAGCUGCUUCCCAGCUCCUGGCUCGCAGACGGGAGACUAGACUGAUCUGUUUCUCUCCUUUGUCGGAAUCCCUGACACCAAAAGCCUGGCUGUAAUGAGCCUUUCAAGGGAUGGAGAGGGAGUCCUCGAGGGUUUAGCUCUGAUCCAGGGUGUGUAAGUGCUGCCCUCUUGUGGCGGGUUUUCGCUCGGUCCCAGUAACCAAAAAUUUGGUUUAGCAAGAGGUGAGCCAAAGUAGGGUUGGCUGGGCACUUGGGGGCCACCCAGUUUACAGACCUUCGAUUUCCCUCUCCCCAUUGAGUUGGCCUGCAGUCACUGCAACCCCGUUUGAACAAAAGCUCUAAAUACAAGUGAGUUUGGCGGGAGGAAUGGGUCAUCCCUGAACAGAACCCAAUUCCCGCACCUUGGUUUCUAUGGAGUGAGACCCCAGGUAGCUUUCUUUUGGGGGAGAAGGCUUCAGACCCACCAACAUGGAGUUUUGGAAGCUGGCCUGAGUUCAUGCGGCCAGGUAGAGCUUGCCCUCUUGUUUUUAGCUGGCCAUGUUUACUUGUAGAUUUCAUCACCACAUGAGCCCCUGCUUGUGCAGACGGCUGUGGGCUGGCGGAUUCCUCACCUUUCUGAGGCUGCAUAGUCACCUGUAGGACAAGGUGGAUUACAUGAGAUACUGCCCCUGAGAUGCCCAGUUAUAGUACCUGACCCACUGGGAGCGAUCACCUUUUAUUUUUUCACUUAAUCUAUAGCAUUCUUGCUUCUCCAGAAUGCAGAAGGCAUGGCACGGUGUACAGAGCAAAACACAGUUCCCCUUUUAUAGGCGGGUAGAAUCAGUAUGCAGAGGUACGAUUCUUAGAAUCAACAUAAAUGUCUGGGGUUCGAGAAGUGGGUGGAUUCCACCAGCAGGUUUGGGAGACACGUGUGCCACAGAGUAGGAAGGGUGAGAGCAAAGACAAGGACCAGGGUGGGGCAUGGAGGGUACGUGGGGGAUGGUGUCAGAGGUACCCAGCUUUGAAAGGCUGCGGAGGGUCGGAAUGGCAAGAGAGACGCUGGGAAGAUGGGCAGGGACCAGGCGGUGGGGAGGGGUGAGUGGCAUGUUAAGGAAUUUUGACUUUAUUUGGUAGGCAAUGGGGAGUCCUUCAGAUUGUUUUUAAAAGGGAAGAAUAAGGUGGUGAUUGGAGUUAAGCCUGGAAAAGAAUGUUCUGGCUGCAGCGCAGAGCUCGGAGGGCCGGCCGGUUGACCUCUGGGCAGGUGAUUGCAGGAACAAAGGCUGGAACGAGGAAAGAAACAGAUAUGGUGAUACAAGAGGUUCCAGGGGCUGAAUCAACAGGACUGGAUACCCAUCUGUCCUGAAAGAUGAAAACAAGAAAGCCGAGAUUCUGGCCUCUCGGCUGAGACGGGGCUCGGGAGAUAACACAGGCCCCGGAGAAAGAUGAGUUCGCGAUGCGGACGUGACAGCCAGCUUCUCCCGGAGUCCACAGGGUCAGUCCUCCCCAGGGUCAGCCGGGGUCGGCCGCACGGAGAGAGCUCCCCACCACCCCGCCCCCCGACCAGGAGACCGUGGCCUCCAAACAGAGGGCUUUCCUGCCAGACACGCUCUCAGCGGCCACCUGCUUGGGGCCCCAAAAAGAGGUCAGAUUUGCCCUAAGUCCAAACCCUGUGAGAUUUUCUGACCGAGAUCAUGGGGCACAGGGGCCCUGCCAGAACGGGCAACCCGGACGUCCGGCCCCUUCGCCCUGCAGCUCCGCCGUUUUCAGCCGGUCGUGUUUAUUUGUAUAUUUCCACCCCCGCUGCCUCUGUCUCCAGCACGUCACGGUGCCACCUUGUCCACAAAGCCUCUGUCUGAAUCCGCCCGUUAAUGAGACGCCUGCAGGGGACCAGAAGAAAGCAGCACUCACCUGAGCAUCCCAUACGACCUGUCCUGACUCCCUGCCUUCUCCCCAGCCCUUGCCACGUCUCCUGCAUCCAAAUGCCCUGUUUGCCUCAAGAAUGACAGGCCAGCAGCAGGGAUGGCGGGAUGGCGGAAACCGCGAUCUGACCGUCUGAGGGAGGGGCCCUGCCUCCCAAGGACGCAACCCAGACGGUUCCGAUGAACUUGGCAGCUGACCCCUGCCCGGCUCUCCAGUUCCUGCUGGUGGCAACGUGGCCCAGGAGGAAAAGCUGCCCCUCCCCACACACUGUUGCGUCUCAGGUGUGAGGACCUCGUGAGCGCUCACGCCGGGGAAGCAGUCUGUCCCGGUGUCUUCUCUGGGCAGAGCGCGGCCUGGGGAGGGGUCGGAGCACAGGUGUCUCCGUGUGUUCCUGGGUCUGUUUUGUCCUGGAAUCGCGGGGCGGCUCUGAAUGGGGAGGCCGGGCCCGUCUGGUCCAGGACAGAGCCCACUCUCAACCAGGUGGCCCCGUCAGGCAGCAGCAAAUCUGCCUGGAGGUGCUGCCCUGCAUAGUUUUCUAGAAAAAGAUUCCAGGGCAUCAGAGUGCCCAGAUGGGGCUCCUGGGCUCUGGGAAAUGCGGGGUCUGUCAGCCUCGGCCCUGUGGGCCUUUGGGGCUGGAGGGUUCUUCGUGGGGGGCUGUCCUGGGCAUUGGAGGAUGUUGAGCCAGUAGUCGCCCCCUCACCGUGACAAGCGCAGAGGUCUUCGGACAUUACCCGAUGUCCCAGGGCCAGCCGAGCGUUCCUCGGCCGGUGGUUUUGUUUCUAUUGCCUGCUGCCCCACCGAGACUGGAAGGAUGUGGAGGGGGAGUGAAAAGAUAGGGUUUCACAAACUCCCGCCCAAGUCAGAAGGAUGACAGUUCCGUUUCCAUAACAGGCUGUGCGCUGGGCAUCGUUCCGAUGAAGACACUCAGAGGCCCAGUGCCCUCCGUGCCCGGCCUCCUGCCUCCACCCUGUUCUCCAUGUUGCUGUGUUGUCCUUGUGAUUGUAAGACCCACUCUGGGUUCGGCAGUGAUUUCCCGGAAGGCUGAGCGAGAGCGGUCGGUCGGUUGGUGGGUCGGUUGGUCUGUCCCUGUGGGAUUCCAUUCCGGGGUUGGGAACUGGGCCGGUGGGCAGAGCGGUGUCUCAUCUGACCACACACACCAUCAGGAACGCGGACUCCCCCUACCUCUGAGCUCUCGAUGCUGCUAUCUCCGCCAAGUGUCCCGUGCGCUCCGGCACCUUCCUCAGAGGACCGACGCCCGCCUCACGCUCUUGCAAGGCCGUCCAGGCUGUGUUCACCGCAUGCUCUUCCUCUGUAUAGUUCUCAUCUUCUAAUUGGAUGGAAUUCAAGCAAAAAUCUACUUACGCCUGUUUGCAUUAUGGUUAAAACAUUAAAAAGUGGCCCUGA